CUUCUAUUUUGAAACAGCGCUAGCCUGUCGCCGGAAUUCCCGCAGAGUCUGUCUGUCUGUCUCUCUCUCUCUGUGCCUGUCCGGCCUUUCUGCCACGGCCACCGUCAAGGCAUUCAUUCAUUCAAUCAUUCACCGAGCAUCUAUCCAUCUUCUCAUCUUCUCCACAUAAUCAGCGUCUAGUCCUCGCGCCGUUGCAAACUCUAUAUUGAACUGGCCGUCCCAACUUGCUGCACAUUGUCAUCAUCAUCUUCACCACGUUCCUCGCCAUGCUUGCCCUCUAAUUUCCUCAUCAAUCUCAUUUUUUCGUCUUCCUUCAGAAUUUUCCCGCUUCACUAGCAAAGUGUAUUUCACAUGCAGGCUUGUCCCAACAUCCAUCUCCACAUGGGUACAUAGGUACAUUCGAGGUUCAGAUGGGCGUCUUCCAGAAACGGACGAGCAACGUACCCCCUGAGCCAAUCACUCGGCCUAGCGCCCGUCGACUCGAGUUCGAUUCGGGUCUGGAAGGCUUACACAGUACAGUGCACCGCCUGGCAGCACAGCACAGCGCACCAAGCCGACCAUGUCAUUUGUACAUCCAUUCCGAGCUUCAUGGCCAGAGCCAGACAUGGAAAUGGGUCACCAGAAUACAACCUCCUUUUCUCGGCUGUUCGGCAUCUCUGUUCAUGGCACGGAGCAACUGUACAAUAGGACUCUGAUCCUAUCGUCCAGAUGUAGCCAUGUGCGAUAUGCAAGAAUUGCACACGCAGUACAGACAGGCGCCUCUCAGCUGCCAUGCCCUUGCAAGUACCCAUGUAACCAUGUACCUUUCGUACCGGUGCAAUCCCGACCGGACUUUGGUGGCACAUGUCCGUCCGCGUCAAGGCGAAAUCCCCAACCAACUGUGCCGUUGGACACGCAGCCAACGUCCCAAUGCCUGAAACAGUACAUAAAAACCAGCGCAGUUUUUCUGCUCCAAAAUUCCCUUAGCAUCCACUCAACGACGAUGAAUAUUCAAUUCCCUCGACCCGAGCGGCCCCAGGGGCCGUUCGACUUGCAAGCCGCAAGCCGCCGCUGCCAGACCAGUAGGACCCUUGCUCCACGUCGCCUUAGUCCGCGUGCCUUAGUCAUUUCUUGA